UGGAUUGCAGGAAGAGGCGUUCCUCUUCCUAUUGUGUAUCAACAACCGGUGACGCAUUAGGAAUUUCUGAUUCUUGUCGAUUGUCAAUUCUCAUAAGUUCUACUCCGACUAUGGUUAAACCAGCAGAUACCGCCGCAACUGCCACCACUGCGACACCUCAAUCACAACAAACAGUAAACGAUUCGCUGCAGAAUGUAACCAAACAGUCGGAAUUUCAGCAACCACCAACACAUUCCCAGGAUGACUCAAUUGCCAAUCUCCGCAAACUCACCGACUCCCUCUCAGCAUUCCAACGCUGCUUCGCUGACCUACAUCAACACAUUGAUUCCAUUCGAACCAUAAUCGACUCUAUGCUUCCCCCACUUACGACUAAUACUACUCCUUUACCCACGUCAUCACCGCCACCAGCCGCAGCCGCAGAGCCAGAACCAUCUUGGGAAUCUGAUCCCUCUGAAGAAGAAGAAGAAGAAGAAGAAGAAGAAGAAGAAGAAGAAGAAGAAGAAGAAGGAGAAGGAGAAGGAGAAGGAGAAGGCGAAGGAGAAGAAAAAGAAAAGGAAGAAAAAGUGAAAUCCCCUCCUCGUCCAGAGCUGAAAUCCACUCAUCGUUCUGAGCUGGAAAGCCUCUGCAAAACGAUGAGUGGUCGUGAUCUGCGGAGGUACAUGGGAAUGCAUCUCUCAGAUAUAAAAGGACUGCUCGAACAAGUCCCUAAGGCAUUAAGACUCUCCCCCAAUCCAGCAAGGCUUGUAUUGGAAUGUGUCGGCAAGUUUUAUUCUCAGAAGGGCAGUGUGUUUGUUAAGUGCUCACACAUGGUCCGUUCAAGGUUGGCUUCUGUAUUGGUUUUGGAAUGCUUCUUGUUGAUGGGAAUCAACGACGAGAUUGAGAAAGGGGUGAAGCAAGAGGCGGAGCAGGCAGCUUUAGCAUGGAGAAAGAGGUUGAUUGCUGAAGGAGGUGUACUUAAGGCUAAGGAAAUUGAUGCCCGGGGUUUGUUGAUGCUUACUGGGUGUUUUGGGAUUCCAGGACGAUUUAGAAAUGAGGAUAUCAGGGAUUUGCUCCAGGUGAGUUGCAUCAAGCGGUAUUAUCGUGCCCUUCGGAGAUCAAAUGUCCUCGUGGCAAAGAUUCCAGAAAUAAUAGAGGGGAUGCUGAAACAAAAGAUGGAAGUUGACGCUGUUCAUAUUGCCUAUACUUUUGGAUUUGAGGACAGAUUUAAUCCUCAGAGACUUUUGACAUCAUUUUUACUAGAUACUGAAGAGUCAUUGAAGAAAAUGAAGGAAAACUCACUUGGUUCACAUGCUGCUGUGAAUGAAGCAAAAAGGAAGCAUUUGUUUGCUCUGAAAUCUGUCAUCAAAUGUUUGGAACGCCAUGAUACCGAUCCUUCAAAACUUCUUCCUGGAUGGCAAAUCAAUGAAAAGAUAAUGAAGUUGGAGAAAGAAAUUGUUGAAUUAGUUAAGCAGACAGGUGGGAAGAUGGCACAAAAGAGAAAACGUGAUGAAACUGAGUCGUCGAGAAGGUUCAGAAAUAAAGAAGCAAAACAGUCACGUAUUCCACCAUGGCUACGGAAGCAAAGAGCUGUUAAUCAUGUUGAUAGUGACUGCACCUUGCUAGAACGUCAAAAUGCUGGCCAUGUUCAUGGUUAUACCGUGUCCUCAUCAGUAUUACAUGGACCUGUUGCAGGCUCGAUGCAUGAAAAUGUUGUUGGCUCCCUUGCAGGAACUGUGGCUAUGGGUCGAGAUGGAGCAGGGAUAUCAGCAAGUGUCGAUGGUAUUCAAGCAGAUAUAUCAGAAGGCAUGGAUAUUGUUCAUCAAGGAGCUUCAUAUGCUGGAGGUCAUGGAGGGACUCUAGUUGAUCGUACACCUGGGCAAAUAGGGAGUCAUACUGGUCAGUUAUAUGGAUGGCGUGGGAAUGCAGCCGUGUAUGACGGACUGGCCUCCUGCAGCUAUGCUUAUAGGCCAUCAUCAUACUUGGAAGGCUCUACGGGUUUGCCAAACAGCCAACCCAGUGAUGCUUAUAGAUCACCACCAUAUUUGGAAGGCUCUACGGGGUUGCCAAACACCAUACACAGUGAUGCUCAUAGGCCACCACCAUACUUGGAAGGUUCUGGGGGGUUGCCAAAUGCCACACAUAGUGAUGCUUAUAGGCCGCUACCAUACUUGGAAGGUUCUGCAGGGUUGCCAAAUGCCACACAUAGUGAUGCUUAUAGUCCACCACCAUACUUGGAGGGUUCUGCGGGGUUGCCAAAUGCAAUACCCGGUGAUGUUGCUGGCCGGAGCUCUGCAUCUGAUAUCUACCAGGCAUUUCUUUGAAGUCAGGCCAGCUUCCUGCAGAUUUAAAUAUUGGUGAUUACGAUGUUGCUGCUAAAGGACGCCAAAGCAGACAAGAUGGUAACAAAUGGCGAUGAUAAAGUUAAUGAGAUGCAGGAGGAAACUGUAACUGAACAGAGAACUGACUGUCCUACAUAAGGCUGUCCAACGGGCCGGGCCGUCCCGGUCCCGGUCCCGAUCCCGUUCCAUCUCGUCCCGUCCCGUCCCGAUCCUGUCCCGUCUCAAUUAUCCCAUAUUAAACGGUACACUGGAUGGGAUCGGAUGCCCAUUUCGUCGCGUUUAUUCCGUCUCGUUUAUGCCGUCCUGUCCUGCCUGUUCCGUCUGUCCUGUUUGUUAUUUAAUUUUUUUUUAAAUAGAGCCGUUGGGCAACGGCUAUAAACGGCCAUAUUUGGCCCCCACACCCCACCCAAAACAACCAACUGCCCCAAACUUUUAAUUUAAGGCAUAUAUUGCAAUUACUAUUC